CCCCUGUUCCCCGACCCCGGCCCAGCCCACAGCCCAGAGCCCCUCGUUCCAGUUGUCGGAUGCUAAGUCACCCACCUAUUUGCUGAUUACCUACCCAUGACGAUCUUGCCAACGUCGCCGUCACUUUCUACACCACUACACAUUGCUUCACCAAGAUGGCCUCCCGACCCUUCGACGAAGAGGAACUCUCCAUGUCCCUCUCCCCCUCCCUGAUCCGUCGAAACAAUGGCGCUCGAGUGCCCGAGAUCAACGUCACCCAGCCUGCUGCCGACGGCGCCAACAGCAGCAGCAGGGCUCGCGCCUCCAGUCUGAUCUCCGACCAGAGCCGAGAAAAGUCCAAGACUGACCAGCGAGUCGGCGCCUACAACAUAAUCAGGACCUUGGGCGAGGGCUCGUUCGGCAAGGUCAAGCUGGCCGUUCACCGGUCCACCGGCCAGAAGGUCGCCCUCAAGAUCAUCGCCCGCAAGAAGCUGAUCAGCAGAGACAUGGUCGGCCGCGUCGAACGCGAGAUAGAGUACCUCCAACUGCUCCGGCACCCCCACAUCAUCAAGCUCUACACUGUGAUUAAGACUCCAGCCGAGAUUAUCAUGGUACUGGAAUACGCCGGCGGCGAGCUGUUUGACUACAUCGUCAAGCACGGCAGGCUGCCCGAGAGCCAGGCCCGCCAGUUCUUCCAGCAGAUGAUAUGCGCCGUCGAGUACUGCCACCGGCACAAGGUCGUCCACCGAGACCUCAAGCCCGAGAACCUCCUGCUCGACGACAACCUCAACGUCAAGAUCGCCGAUUUCGGCCUCAGCAACAUCAUGACCGACGGCAACUUCCUCAAGACCAGCUGCGGUAGCCCCAACUACGCCGCUCCCGAAGUUAUUAGCGGGAAGCUGUACGCCGGGCCCGAGGUCGACGUGUGGAGUUGCGGUGUCAUUCUGUACGUGCUGCUGGUGGGAAGGCUCCCCUUCGACGACGACCAUAUCCCCAGUCUCUUCUCCAAGAUCCAACGGGGCGUCUUCACCGUCCCGCACUGGGUCCCCUCGGACGCCGCGAGUCUCAUUCGAAAGAUGCUGCAAGUUAACCCCGUGCAGCGUAUCGUCAUCGAAGACAUCCGGGACGACCCCUGGUUCCUGAAAGACCUGCCUGCCUAUCUAGCCCCGCCGGUCGAGGAAUUCUUAAACACGGGCGUAGACCCGAACAGAGCUAUCAGGCCGAGCGACAUCGCGCCUAACGCGCCUCCCAAGAUCCAAGAGAGGCUUCAUAACGAAGUCACCGAGAAGAUCAGUAAGACGAUGGGGUACGGGAAGCGAGAUGUCCAGGAAGCUCUCGAGGCCGACGAACCAUCCGCGAUCAAAGACGCGUACAUGAUCGUCCGCGAGAACAAGCUCAUGCAGGUGAACCCCGCCUACGGGACCGGCGCCGACAACCCGUACUUCGCAACUUCUCCUCCCACUGCCGACGUCGAAGAGCAGAUGCGGAGCGUCUCUGAAGCUAUGGCUGGCACGUCACUAGAUAGCAGGCGCGACAGCGAAGCAGACCGCGCGGAAUCCCGAGCCAGCCCUCUCGCGGAUUCCACUCGUUCCACCACCUCUACGAUCACUAGCUCGUCGCCCCGCGGAUACGUGAGCCACGUUGGAAUUCUACCAACCAGCUUACCCCCGCUACACAAGAAGUACCUCGAGCGCCACAACGCCGGUGAAGAACCGCUAGACGUUCAGCCGAUGCCCGACGUUCUGCAGCCUAGGACGCCAGCUGAGCAGCAGGAAGCGGCCCGCCGUCUCAAGCCCCACUCCAAGAGCGCUCUGAGACUGGACGAUAGUCAAUUCCACCCGCAGACUAUGACGCCCGUCACGCCCAGGAGGAGCAAGCAGGUUCGCUGGCAAUUCGGAAUAAGAUCUCGAAAUGCCCCGUUCGAGGCUCUGCUGUGCAUCUACAAGUCCUUGUCUAAGCUCGGUGCUACCUGGGUUCUAGACGAGGACUACGAAAAGGUGCAUGGUAGCGGCGCAGACCACCCUGACCCGUUCACCGACAAGAUCUCUCGCGCACGAGAGGAGGGGAAUCCGUACGAGAGUCUGUCGCCUGACGAGAUCGACCCAGAGACAUUCGAUCCCAUCAAGUAUUACAAGCUGCCGGCCGACCCCUGGCAUAUCGUGUGCCGCUGGAAAAAAGAUGAUAUCCGUAAGACGUCGGUGGCAUCUGGCCACGCCACCGCCGACUCGGUUUCCGACGACAGCAUGUUCGUGUACUCGGUCAUGGACAGACGCAAGCAGGACUUCGUUUGGAUGCGGAUGGAGAUACAGAUAUACGAGAUGGACCCGAAGGACAAAGUCUACCUCGUCGACUUUAAAUGUAGCGGCUACGAACGGGCCGACGGAACCCUGCUCGAGGAGAAGGCCGUUAUGAGCCCCUUCCCUUUCCUCGACAUGGCUGCUAAGUUGAUCAUGCAAUUAGCCGAGGCGGAUUAGUGACCUCUUCCCCAACGCAUGCUCCGACCCUUCUCGUCGAGCCCUCGAUACGCCCCCGUGGGUGCGGUACUUUCUAGCACGUGUGAGCCGUUUAUUGAUCCGGCGACUUGGCUAGGAUGACCCGUGGUUGAGUCCGAUGCGAGGUCCUCGCCCACGCAUCCAUCGUGGCACGCGAUU